GCGGAAUAUCCUCCCAAGUUUGCCAAACCCGACCCAUUCCCCCACCCUUUUUAACUCCACUUCCCACUUUCUCUUUCUCUAGAUUGACUUCCUUCUCUUCUCUUCUCAGCCACCAAAUCAAGGUUCUUCUUCAUUCAUUCAUGCAACAUAUAGAAAUACGCAUAAUUAGACAACUCAUUUUGCAACCCACGAGAAAUUCUUAAAAUCCUCCAACCUUUUAGUUGCUGAAUUCUAGUGUUCUGCUUUCAUCUGCGUCUCUCUUCAUACAGAAAGAAGUGAAGCCAAAUCCUUGCUACUAAUUAAGAAGAAAAUGAGCCUUGUGAAUUCAAGUGCAACAUGGGUACAAACCCCUUCGAUUUACAAUAAUCUUACAAGCAGCAGACACAAUUCUGCUAACUCCUAUCUUUAUCACCCUCUCAAGAACAAGCUUCCCUUCUCUAUCUUCCUCCCAAAUCCCAUCAUAAAAACAGCCAUUCCUUUCUCCUCUUUCUCCAUUGCUGCCAUUCUAACCAAAGAACAAACAAACGCUCCCCAGGAAGAGAGCAGCAAAAGUAAAGAAGACCAGAUUUUUCCAACUUCACCUUCAUUCGAUUUUAAGGCCUAUGUGCUUCAAAAAGCUGAUUCUGUGAAUAAGGCCUUGGAAGAAGCAGUUUUGCUCAGGGACCCUUUGAAGAUUCACGAGUCCAUGAGGUAUUCACUUCUUGCUGGUGGGAAGAGAGUCCGCCCCAUGCUCUGUAUUGCAGCUUGUGAGCUUUUUGGUGGGCAAGAAUCUGUUGCCAUGCCUUCUGCUUGUGCUGCUGAGAUGAUUCAUACUAUGUCCUUGAUGCAUGAUGAUCUUCCAUGCAUGGAUAACGAUGAUUUGAGGAGAGGGAAGCCCACAAACCAUAAGGCCUUUGGUGAAGAUGUGGCUGUUUUAGCAGGGGAUGCGCUUCUUGCAUUCUCUUUCGAAUAUAUAGCUACUGCAACAAAAGGGGUUCCUUCUGAAAGAAUUGUGAGAGUGAUUGGUGAGUUGGCCAGGUCUAUUGGUUGUGAAGGACUGGUUGCAGGACAGAUGGUUGAUAUAUGCUCUGAGGGGAUGUCCGAUGUGGGGUUGGAGCAUUUGGAGUUUAUCCAUGUUCACAAGACUGCAGCUUUGUUGGAGGGUUCUGUAGUCAUGGGGGCAAUUUUGGGCGGUGCAAAUGCUGAGCAAGUUGCCAAAUUAAGAAAGUUUGCUAGGUGUAUUGGAUUGUUGUUUCAGGUCGUGGAUGAUAUUCUUGACGUGACUAAAUCUUCUCAGGAACUGGGAAAGACAGCGGGGAAGGACUUGGUGGCUGAUAAGACCACUUAUCCUAAGCUACUUGGGAUUGAGAAGUCUAGAGAGUUUGCUGAGAAGUUGAAUAGAGAAGCUCAAGAUCAACUAGCUGAAUUUGAUCCUGAGAAGGCUGCUCCUUUGAUUGCUUUAGCCAGUUACAUUGCUUACCGGGAUAAUUGAUGAAUCAUAUGAACAACUUCUUGUCUUCAAUGAAAUUCUAUACUACAGUAAUUAGUAAAAUAUUCCGUGCUUAAUGUAUUGCGUUUAUGAUAUCAAAAGAUUUCAAAUUCAGCUUGCAUUCUUGCACAUUUCUUGAAUGGAGAGUUGAAGACCGUCAAUUUAAUUGUUCUUU